GAGACCAGAGCUGGAGGUUAAAGAGACGGCGUAGCUCUCCGUUCCACCUCGACGAAACCCUAGGUUCGUCUUGGCCCUCUGAAUCCUCUCCAGAUCCCUCCUUCGAUCUCUCAGCAAUGGCAAUCAAGCUUUCCAAGGCGGAGAAGAAGGUGCAGUACGAUAAGAAGCUGUGCCGUUUGCUCAAUGAGUACACCCAGGUUUUGAUCGUGGCGGCCGACAACGUGGGAUCGAACCAGAUGCAGAACAUCAGGAAGGGGCUGCGCGGCGAUUCUAUUGUGCUUAUGGGCAAGAAUACUCUGAUUCGCCGUUGCGUCAAGCUCCAUGCGGAGAACACUGGCAACAAGGCGUUGCUGAACCUUCUUCCACUCCUCGUAGGAAAUGUGGGAAUGAUUUUCACCAAGGGAGAUUUGAAGGAGGUCAGUGAGGAAGUCGCUAAGUACAAGGUUGGAGCUCCUGCUCGUGUCGGACUUGUUGCUCCUAUUGAUGUAAUUGUUCCUCCAGGAAACACUGGUUUGGAUCCAUCACAAACCUCCUUCUUUCAGGUUUUGAAUAUUCCAACCAAGAUUAACAAGGGUACUGUUGAAAUUAUCACCCCUGUUGAACUGAUUAAAAAGGGCGAGAAAGUAGGCUCUUCUGAGGCUGCCCUCCUGGCCAAGCUUGGAAUAAGGCCCUUCUCAUAUGGCCUUGUUGUUUUGUCUGUCUAUAAUGACGGCUCAGUGUUCAGCCCUGAAGUGCUUGACCUCACAGAUGAUGAUCUUAUUACUAAGUUUGCAAAUGGUGUCUCUGUGCUCACCUCACUUUCAUUAGCCAUAUCUUACCCGACCUUAGCAGCAGCACCUCACAUGUUCAUCAAUGCUUACAAGAAUGUUCUUGCAGUUGCUCUUGCAACUGAUUAUUCUUACCCACAGGCCGAGAAAGUGAAAGAGUAUUUGAAGGAUCCAACCAAGUUCGCUGUUGCAGCUGCUCCUGUUGCUGCUGCGGAAACUGCAUCUACACCAGCUGCAGCUGCCGAACCAGAAAAGAAAGAGGAACCUGCUGAGGAAUCUGAUGAUGAUAUGGGAUUUAGCUUGUUUGAUUAGGUUUGAAUUAUCGAUUUUGUGUUGAACACUGUUGUUUUGCUUAUAUAUUUCUAUGUUCCUUCGGUGGACGUAUUUCUUGUCAGCAGCUUUGAGCCUUCUUAGCGUUCUAGUCAAGACUGUAGUCAGUUUAAAUUCUUAGUUCCAAAUGUUAUGUUACUUUGAGAUUGUUUUAUGUUUUACUCUUGAUUAUUUUGGGUGUUUGGACUAAA